AAAAUCCAACAACUUCCUUGUGUAGUUUUCCUGUCUUUAAAACUCUGGCUGACUGUUUCCAUCUGGCACGUUACACGACUGCACUGACACUGUCUAAGAAACAUGCCUUUUAUCGAUGUGGAGACCAACCUUCCUGCCAGUCGGUUUCCCGACGAGGUUGUGAAAAAGCUUUGCUCUGAAGCGGCUUCAAUAUUAGGAAAACCCGAGGACAGAGUUAACGUGACGGUGAAGGCAGGGUUGCCGAUGCUGAUCUCGGGGUCCAUGGCUCCCUGUGUCCAGCUGGUCAUUUCUUCCAUCGGAGUGGUCGGGACGGCGGAGCAGAACAAGGAACACAGCGCCAAGCUUUUCCAGUUUCUCACCAAGGAGCUGGGGCUGAGUGAAGACAGGAUUCUCCUCCGUUUCUAUCCUCUGGAAGCCUGGCAAAUUGGGAAGAAAGGAACAGUCAUGUCCUUCCUCUAAACACUAGUCAUUGAUAUUGAGAAAACAACGUUUAUUACACAGCAUCGGAAUGUAGAGAACAACACGAUCUGGGUACUUUCAAUCACAUUACAGAAACUGUGCAUUAAAUGUGUUUUAAUAAUAAAAUACUGGCACCUAAACUGA